GCGGGCCGGUGGCAUCACCAGGUCACCCAGGUGUUGCCACCUCCCUGCCCAGACCGGAUUUGUCACCGAGGGGUCAGUGCCGGCUCCGAGCCCUCGGCUCCCGCUCCGAAUCCCGGGAUGGAGCCGCUGGCUCCCGCCGCCCUCCUGGCCCUGCUGGUGCUGGCACUGGGACACCCCGACCCCGCGCUGGACCGGCACUGGGAGCUCUGGAAAAAAUCCUACGGGAAGGAAUAUCAGCCCCAGGAGGAUUCGCUCCGUCGCCUGACGUGGGAGAAGAACCUGUGGCUGGUGACACUGCACAACCUGGAGCACUCGCUGGGGCUCCGCUCCUACACGCUGGGCAUGAACCACCUGGGGGACAUGACCAGCGAGGAGGUGGCGGCUUCGCUGACGAGGCUCCAGCUCCGUCCUCGUCCCCGUCGGAAUUCCGCAUUCCCAGCCAAAUUCCGGCCGGUCGGUGACAUCCCGGAGGCGCUGGACUGGCGGGACAAGGGCUGCGUGACCGAGGUGAAGAACCAGGGCGCCUGCGGAUCCUGCUGGGCCUUCAGCGCCGUGGGAGCGCUGGAAGCGCAGGUGAAGCUGAAAACCGGGAAAUUGGUGUCCCUGAGCGCCCAGAACUUGGUGGAUUGCUCCGGGAUGUACGGGAACAAGGGCUGCGCCGGCGGGUUCAUGACGGAGGCGUUCCAGUACAUCAUCGACAACGGCGGCAUCGAGUCCGAGGAGUCCUACCCCUACACGGCUCAGAACGGGACGUGCCGCUACAACGCCUCAGCCCGCGCCGCCUCCUGCUCCCGGUUCCUGGAGCUGCCCGAGGGCGACGAGGCCGCGCUCCGGGACGCCGUGGCCACCGUGGGCCCCGUGGCCGUGGCCAUCGACGCCACCCGGCCCAGCUUCUUCCUGUACCGCUCCGGGGUGUUCGACGACCCGCAGUGCUCGCAGGAGGUGAACCACGGGGUGCUGGUGGUGGGAUACGGCUCCCUGGAAAACAAGGAAUAUUGGCUGGUGAAGAACAGCUGGGGCGUGCACUUCGGAGACGCGGGCUACAUCCGCAUGGCCCGGAACGCCUCCAACCUCUGCGGCAUCGCCAGCUACGCCUCCUACCCGCUGAUCUAGGCAGGCCUGCCCUCAGACACCAUCCCACAGCCCCGGUUUUCCACGGAUCCCAUCCCGGCAAGGAUUCCUCCUCCUCCUCCAGGGCCGCUCCCCAGCGCCGUGGGCGUCGUCCCCCGGUUGGAUCCAUGGGCCGGGAGAGAUCCUGGGCGUGGCAAGGGGGAAUGUCCUUGAUAGGUGACCAGGGAAUGGUUUUUUGGGGAGGGGAAAUUUGGGGGUUUGGGAGUAGAAUGGCAAUUCCUGCAGGGAUUGGCCGCAGGGAUCAGGUACUGGGAUCACAGGGAUCAUUGGGAUUACAGGGAUCACUGGGAUCAUUUUGAUUGGGUACUGGGAUCACUGGGAUCACCGGGAUCAUGUGCCAGGACCACAGGGAUCAUUUGGAUCCCAGGGAUCACAGGAAUCAUUGGGAUGGGCUACCAGGAUCAUUGGGACCACUGGGAUCAUUGGGAUCAUUUGGAUUGGGUACCGGGAUCACAGGGAUCAUUGGGAUCACAGAGAUCACAGGAAUCAUUGGAAUUGGGUACUGGGAUCACAGGGAUCAUUGGGAUCACAGGAAUCUUUGGAAUUGGGUACUGGGGUCACAGGGAUCAUUGGGAUCACAGAGAUCACAGGAAUCAUUGGAAUUGGGUACUGGGAUCACAGGGAUCACAGGGAUCAUUGGGAUCACAGGAAUCUUUGGAAUUGGGUACUGGGGUCACAGGGAUCAUUGGGAUCAUUGGGAUCACAGGAAUCUUUGGAAUUGGGUACUGGGGUCACAGGGAUCAUUGGGAUCACAGAGAUCACAGGAAUCUUUGGAAUUGGGUACUGGGGUCACAGGGAUCAUUGGGA